UACACAAGAAAAUGGAACGCAUUAUUACCUGAUCUGUGGCGUUUGUUUCUGUCCUUCUUGCAGUAUCGUAAUCUCUCACUCUAUUCUAACCUGCUGGAGUCCGUAAUUACAUAAGAAGGCUAAAUUACAUAAAAUUCAGAAUGGCCGGAGAUAACGCCGACGGAGCCCAGCUGAAAGGCUUGUCCAAGUACUUCAACAGCCAGACAUACAGCGGCAGAGCAAACGUGGCCAAGGCAACAUAUGCAUUCAUCGGCGUAGUGAUCCUUUACAACAUGCUUAAACCUAAGUCAAAGUAAAUACACACUUCAUAAUUCUUUAAUUUUAUGGUAAACUAUCCAUGGUUUUUGUUAAGUAAAAUAUGCAUUCAUUUAGUGAGAAGUAAAAUCAUGUAAGUAAUUGAAAA